UAGUACCCAAAGUGCAGGAGACGACCCCCCCAACACUCCGACUCGAGUGGGCUUCAGGGAAAAGGAUGCUCGCCCAGACCCAGCCCGGUUUCCGCGCUUAGCACCUGCCCUGCCUCUAGCAGCCAGAAUGAGCCUCUGCCCCAGCAAUUCCUGGGGCUUCGGCUCACCUCGGCCUCCCCCGGCUGGCAACUUAGGCUCCGACCCUGCAUUCCCUCGGACACCCGGAGCUUGCUGGGGUUUCCCUGAGAGGACUUUACAGACAGCUUGGCCCCGGCUGCUUCUGCUCCCGGGAAGAUAUCCGAGCGCCUCAAAUCUAUGCCGGGCCCAGACUGCCAUCCUAGAGCGAACCCUUUCCGUCCGGCGGCCGAGUGUUGGCCCGCCCCGCGCGGGGUUCUUGCAGCCUCCGGUCCCUUCGCACAGGGAACAGUUUCCGGGGCGGAUGCAUUUUACAGCUGACCCGGCGCUGCCGAUGACGUGAGGUCCCAGACGGAAGUGCGGGCGGAGGAUUCCGAGUCGGAUCCCGAGCCUGAUCCCGAGCCGGAUCCCCCGAGCCGGAUCCCGGAGUCGGAUCCCCGAGCCGGGAGUAGGUCUCCGGGCUCCGGGCUGCCGGGUGACUGGGCUGCCGCGAUGGCGACCCUAUGGGGAGGCCUCCUUCGACUUGGCUCCGUGCUCAGCCUGUCGUGUCUGGCGCUCUCCGUACUGCUGCUGGUGCAGUUGACAGACGCCGCCAAGAAUUUUGAGGAUGUCCGAUGUAAAUGUAUCUGUCCUCCCUAUAAAGAGAAUUCUGGGCAUAUUUAUAAUAAGAACAUAUCCCAAAAAGAUUGUGAUUGCCUUCAUGUCGUAGAGCCCAUGCCUGUGCGGGGGCCUGAUGUAGAAGCAUACUGUCUACGCUGUGAAUGCAAAUAUGAGGAAAGAAGCUCUGUUACAAUCAAGGUUACCAUUAUAAUUUAUCUCUCUAUUUUGGGGCUUCUACUUCUAUACAUGGUGUAUCUUACCCUGAUUGAGCCUAUACUGAAGAGGCGCCUCUUUGGACACUCACAGUUGAUACAGAGCGAUGAUGAUGUUGGGGAUCACCAGCCAUUUGCAAAUGCCCACGAUGUGCUGGCCCGUUCCCGCAGUCGAGCCAAUGUUCUGAACAAGGUGGAGUAUGCCCAGCAGCGCUGGAAGCUUCAAGUUCAAGAGCAGAGAAAGUCUGUCUUUGACCGACAUGUUGUCCUCAGCUAAUCGGAAAGCAAAUGCAAGGUAACUAGAAAGACACAAGGCAGACAACUGAAAAGAACUGACUGAGUUUUCCUGGGUUUUGUUUUAAUACCUUGUUGUUUUCACCGACUCUUCCUGGAAGACUCAAAAUUGGAAGCAAAAACAUGCUUAGUAUUUUUUUUUUUCUGGUUAACAUAUUAAUGGAGACAUUUUUAAAAGCACAGAGUUUGGAGUCAGUCAAUAAGCCUUUUCCUACUUUGACUUUUACUAAUAAAAUUAAAUCUGCCUAUAAAUUAUCUUGAAGUUCUUUACCUAGAGUAAGCACUCUCUUUUUCACCACUUAGUUUUAACUUGAUUUUCAAGAUAAUUUUCAGGUGUUUUUUGUUUUUGUUAUUGUUUUGGGGUUUUUGGUGGGAGAGGGGAGGGAUAUGUGGGAAGUGCUUGACACAGCUUUUCUCAAGUUACUUUACAAAUGAAAUUUUGUAAAUAGACCUUACCCUCUAUUUUCAAAUUUCAUGAAUAUUUUCCAGUGUAGUCGGCCUCAUCAAAGGGCUGACUUACCCAUUUGACUUUUUUGCACUGACUGUAUUAAUCUUGGUAUUAGGUUGGCCAGUGGCUUCAUUUUAUGGUAAAUUGGAUCUGAAAUGCCUGGCAGCUCUUCACAUAAAUGCAGAUUUUCUUCCUGUACUGUGAUGUCUGAUGCAAUGCAUCCUAGAACAAACUGGCCAUUUGCUAGUUUAUUCUAAUGACUAAACAUAGUCUUGGUGUGUGUGGUCUUCCUCAUAUUCUCCUAGUAUUUUUAAGGACAAAUCCUAAGGACUUGGACACUUGCAAUAAAGAAAUUAUCUUUUAAACCGAAGCCUCUCUGAAUUGAUGACACUGGUCAGCAUUUCUAGUUCAGAGGCAGCUGUUUGAGCUCUAAUGUGUGCAGCUUUGAACUAGGACUGGAAUUCUGGGUGCCUGUCUGAAAAGUAUUACAGUUAUUGGAUAACUGGCUUUUUUCUUCCUAUGUCCUCUUUGGAAUGUAACAAUAAAAAUAAUUUUUGAAACACCUA